GCAUGCACCCAUGCAGCCACAUACCCCAAACUGGACCCAGGUGACAGAGUUUGUCAUGGCGGGCUUUGCCGGGGUGCGAGAAACACACCUCCUUUUCUUCACACUCUUCCUCAUCAUGUACCUGUUCACUUUGGCAGAGAACAUAACCAUCAUCUUAGCGGUGGCCUUGGACCACCGGCUGUGGAGACCCAUGUAUUUCUUCCUGACACACCUGUCCUGCCUUGAAGUCUGGUACACCUCGGUUACAGUGCCCAAGAUGCUGGCUGGUUUUAUCGGGGCAGAUGGAGGCAAGAACAUCUCCUACGCUGGCUGCUUGUCCCAGCUCUUCACCUUCACUUUCCUUGGGGCUACUGAGUGCUUCCUCCUGGCUGCCAUGGCCUAUGACCGCUAUGUGGCCAUCUGUAUGCCUCUCCGCUAUGGGUCCUUGGUGUCCUGGGGCACCUGCUGCCGUCUGGCCACUGCUUGUUGGCUGCUAGGCUUCCUCACACCCAUCUUGCCUAUCUACCUCAUGUCUCAGCUGACAUUCUGCGGCCCCAAUGUCAUUGACCACUUCUUCUGCGAUGCUUCCCCUCUGCUAGCCCUAUCCUGCUCAGAUGUCACCCUGAAGGAGACUGUGGAUUUCCUGGUGUCUCUGGCUGUGCUCCUGGUCUCCUCGACAGUCAUCGCUGUGUCCUAUGGCAACAUCGUCUGGACCCUACUACACAUCCGGUCUGCGGCCAAGCGCUGGAAGGCCUUCUCCACCUGCGCAGCUCACCUGACUGUGGUAAGCCUCUUCUAUGGCACGCUUUUCUUUAUGUACGUCCGCACCAAGGUGGCCUCCUCCAUCAACUUCAACAAGGUGGUGUCUGUCUUCUACUCUGUUGUCACACCGAUGCUCAACCCCCUCAUCUACACUCUUAGGAACAAGGAAGUGAAGGAGGGCCUGGGCCGUGCCUUUUCCCUCAGGUUUUGGAGGGGGCAGUGA